UUUUCUUUUUUUUUAAAUUUCCGGCAGUGGGAGUCCAGGUCACAGAUCUCUGAGGUUAUGAGCCGUCCGAAACCGCGUUGGUGCGUCGCUGUCCAGGGUCCUGAGUGAGACAGAGCCCGGCGACCACGGAGCCCGACACAAACCGUGAGUUGAAAAGCUCAGGAGCCAUGGAGUUGAGGGUGGGAAACAAGUACCGCCUUGGGAGGAAGAUAGGGAGUGGAUCCUUUGGAGAUAUUUACCUCGGUUCUAACAUUGCUACAGGAGAGGAAGUAGCUAUCAAACUGGAAUGUGUGAAGACCAAACAUCCACAGCUCCAUAUCGAGAGCAAGUUCUACAAGAUGAUGCAGGGAGGAGUGGGAAUUCCCUCUAUUAAGUGGUGCGGAGCAGAAGGCGACUACAACGUUAUGGUAAUGGAGCUGCUGGGUCCCAGUCUGGAGGACCUGUUCAACUUCUGCUCCCGCAAGUUCAGCCUGAAAACAGUCCUGCUGCUGGCUGACCAGAUGAUCAGUAGGAUUGAAUACAUCCACUCCAAGAACUUCAUCCACAGAGACGUAAAGCCAGAUAACUUUCUGAUGGGGCUCGGCAAGAAGGGCAACCUGGUCUACAUCAUCGACUUUGGACUGGCCAAGAAAUACCGUGACGCCCGAACGCACCAGCACAUCCCCUACCGUGAGAAUAAGAACCUCACCGGCACCGCCCGCUACGCCUCCAUCAACACCCAUCUGGGCAUCGAGCAGUCGAGGCGAGACGAUCUGGAGUCUCUAGGCUACGUUCUCAUGUACUUCAACCUGGGCUCUCUGCCGUGGCAGGGCCUCAAGGCCGCCACCAAGAGGCAGAAGUAUGAACGCAUCAGCGAGAAAAAAAUGUCCACCCCCAUUGAGGUGCUCUGCAAGGGAUACCCCUCUGAGUUCUCCACUUACCUGAACUUGUGUCGCUCCCUGCGGUUCGAUGACAAGCCAGACUACUCUUAUCUGAGGCAGCUCUUCAGGAACCUUUUCCACAGACAGGGCUUCUCCUAUGACUACGUCUUUGACUGGAACAUGCUGAAGUUUGGGGCCAGCAGGACAACAGAGGAUGGAGAGAGGGAGAGGAGGGAGGGAAAAGACGGGGAGGAGCGAGCAGGAGGAGGCCAAAGAGGAGCUGGAGGUCGAGCUUUGCCGCCCGGUCCAAACCCUUCAGCCGCCAACAGAGUCAGGAAUGAGGCGGACGCUGCUCCCUCCAAUCCGGCCACACGUGGCGUCCAGCAGUCAGGUAACCGCUCUCCUCAGGCAGGGAGAGCAGAGCGAGCCGAGCGUGAGAGAAAGGUGGCCAUGAGGCUUCAUCGCGGGGCCCCCGCCAACGUCUCCUCCUCUGACCUCACUGCACGCCUCGACCAAUCCCGCAUCACUGCAUCGCAGGUCAGUGUGCCGUUUGAACAUCUGGCAAAGUGAGUUCAUCCUGGCUGGCCUGCAGGUCAGUGGCAGCAGCUGCAGGGUAUCAGAUACCCCUUAUUUUUCAAACGGAUGAAUGAAAACAUGAAUGAGUGGAGGAGGAGAAGACGAGCGGGAGGAGGAGGCGUUGCGGGGCCAUUAAAAGCGGGGACGAGGGCAUCCAUGUGUCUGUCAGUGCUGUGUGAGCAUGCUCGGUGUUAAAGAAACGCUGAGGUGAAGGAAAACCAGUGAGAUGAACAGACUCUUGGCUGUAACUGGUUGGUACAGCUUGUUGGGGGCGCGACUGGAGGAGGACGGGGGUGAAACAAC